AUGUCGCUAAAACCGGUAGCAGACCUAGCCCACUUGAAAGGCACCAAUUGCCAGUUCAAGUUCAUCGGCGAAGGCGCCGCCAACAUAGUCUUCGAGGUUAUCUUUCCCCAUGAAGACGUCACGAUCACACAAGAUGAUGGCGAUAGCAAGAUCUUGAACAUCUUACAAGGAAAACUCCUACGAGUACCAAAGGCAAACACCAAAGCCUUCCCUCACCCCCAAAUCCUUCAGUACUGGGAGUCAUCCAUCAGCCCACUCUUUGACAACCCCCAGGAAGAUCUAGUGCAGCAGUACCUUGUCCGUUUAGACAACUCCAUCGUCUCACAGCUCAAUGAGGUUCUUGGAACUGAAGACGUCCAGCGAAGGGCAGAUUUCCAGGGCACCAAGGUGGCCGAGGCGGAGUAUGGCAUGUUGGUUGAGGACAUGAGGAAGAAAUCACCUACAGACCUCCUCCUCGAAUUCAAACCCAAAUGGCUUACCCCUUCACCUACUGCCCCCUCCACCGCCACGCGCUGCCGUAACUGCGCGCGCGAAGCCUACCGCCUACACAAAUCUCUUCGCUCCGCAUCUUCCUCCAGGCCUUCAUCCGACCAGGGCUCUGCUGCUCUCACUGAGAACUCAAUUUUCUGCCCCCUCGAGUACCUAGCCGCUCAAUCCUCGCCCUCUUCCUUAGCGCGCGUCAUCGAGUCUAUGAACCUCUCCGCUACUUCCGUUUCUGAAGAAACCGCGCCAGCGACGAAGGAGAACCCUGUUGGUGCGCAACCGGCUGUCUCUCUCGAUGGCGACGAAGGGAUCGAGGAGGUGGAUGAGCGUUACCGUGUCGCGCUGGUUCGCUGGCUUCAGACCAAUUCUUUGCUGCCCAAGCUGCGCGACGCGCAAGAGAGGUUGGAUCCGGCGCCGGAGGGGACGACGGAUCGGGAGGAGUUGGCGUUGGCCAUGACGUUGAGGGAUUGUACUUGUUUUGUAAGGAUAUCGGAAGAUUCGCAGGGUGAGGUAAAGGUGGAAGCAAAGCUGGCGGACUUGGAUAAGAAGAAUUGGAAGGCUAAGCUGGAAUACUGGAAGGGGUUGGAGGGGGAGUUGAAGGAGGGUGGAUAUUAUGAGGGGAUGGAGGUUCCGUGGGUUGGGACAAGGUGUUUGAGGGAGGUUGAGGGCGAGGAGGCGAGCUGA